ACCAUUUCCCAAGCGGAGUUUCCACGACAGCUGGAAGCCGAGCGGUACAGGCGCAUCGCUUCUUUGCUGUAAAAUAUUGGAAAUAACACGACUUCUGCUCGUCUCAGCACCUCCAGAGAAACCCAGGUCUGGCAUGGGCGACAAGAGGAGUCCCACAAGGCCGAAGCGUCAACCGAAGCCCUCCGACGAGGGGUUCUGGGACUGCAGCGUGUGCACGUACAAGAACACGGCAGAAGCUUUUAAGUGCAUGAUGUGUGAUGUCAGGAAGGGGACAUCAACAAGGAAGCCUCGACCCGUCUCCCAGCUCGUCUCGCAGCAGCAGGUAACGCAGCAGUUCGUGUUGCCCUCGCAGCCCAAAAAGGAAAAGAAGGAGCGAGUGGAGAGGGAGAAGAGUGACAAGGAGCCAGCGCUUAAGAAGAACAGUCACAAGAAGAUGAGACCAAGAUUAAAAAACAUCGACCGCAGCAGCGCCCAGCACCUCGAGGUGACGGUUGGGGACCUGACAGUCAUCAUAACGGACUUUAAGGAGAAGGCCAAGCCCACGUCCACCUCGACCACGUCGUCGACGUCCAGCGCCGCGUCCGCCGCCGACCACCACAGCCAGAACGGCUCCAGCUCAGAAACGACAGAGAAGGGGCUCUCCCGCUCCUCCUCACCCAGAGGAGAGGCCAGCUCGGUCAACGGGGAGUCCCACUGAGCCCACCCAUCUUUCUCAAGAUCCUCUCCCCAUAAUGCCCCCACCCACAACUCAUCUGCAAGGUCACAGGUCACAGGUGGAGCCUCUAAUGUAGAGCUGUACAAAACUGACUUUAAACUUGUUUUUGCUCUUUUUGGAAUUUUUUUAUUAAAGUUUGACGACACAUCAGAUUCAACUAUUCAACCAGUUCUCCACAGUACUGGAAGUCUGCAUUUAGAAAGCAAUAUGACUCACCUUUUGUUCCAUUUUGUUCAGUUUUUUAGCGAUCUACAUUUUUAUUUGGACGCUUGGUGCACUCGAACGGAUCCCACACGCUGUCUGAGGCCUGUUGCCAGAAAAAAAAUCCAGGACAGUCUUAUUUUAAAGAAACAUUCAGGCAAGCGUCAUGGUGCUGUGCAGCUCCCUUAAGAUGCACCUACUUUUAUUUUUUUUAGGUUUUUGUUUAACUAAAGUGCAGCCCCGCAUCUUCUGCAGUGACCAGCAGAGUGACCUUUUCUCAACUCAUGUGGAAUUAUCAGCCUCUGUCUGGAAUCCUUACCUCCCUAUUAAAAAAACCUGAAACCAUCUUGUACACACUCUGAGCUGAAUCUUCAACCUCACAGCAACCCUUUGCUCAUGAUAUCUACUUCAACCUUUAACUUCUCUAUCCGCUCCUGAAAGACUUUUUUGAUGCAGGAUUUAGUCUUUCGUCAUCAUUUUUGGAGCAAGUUUCUCAGUCCAGUUAACGCUCGAUACUGCUGUGUCAAAGCCAUCAGGCAGGUUUUGAUUAAAGCCCUCUUUGAAAUGGAGCCGGAAGGUGUAGCUAAUGAUUUUAAAGGAAAAUACUGGUAUUUUUUGUGUGUUUGUGUUGGUUUUUGUGCCAAUACUUUGCAUUAUAUUAGCCCUUUACUUUUGCAUAUAAACAAAAGGCUAGGGCCAGUAUUUACAAACAAUUUGAGAAUCCUCUCAGAGACCUCCAUAACUUAGUUUAAAAAAAAUGAUAGCACAGAUUUUUAGUCUAUACGUGAUUUAGGAACAUAUUCUCAGGGCAACUCUGAGCGAGGGAAGGACAGAAACUUUUAUUUUUUCAGAAGCUGUGAUUGGUUAAUCCAAAAAAUCCCCAAAAAAGACAGAAAAAAAAGUUCUCACUUAGUGAUAAUGGACAGUCAAAUCGAUUAGGCACAAUUAUAGAAUCUAGUCAGACAUUGUGUACAAACACUGAAAUUAACAUCUCUGUGUGAUAAAUUAAUGUUUUAAAGUAUAUAACCUACAAAGUGUUUGAAAUCACAUGCCCACUUGAAUGCAGCCUCUUUACAUACUGAUCGUUACAUCAGCAUUUAAAGAGCCUUAAUUAGUGAUUGGAGUAAUGUGUGGAGGUAACCAGGUGUUGAGAAAUGAGAGUUACGUAGGUAAGAGAAGAUUGUGCACGUCUCUUGUGACGUCUCAUGACGCAGGCUAUUUAAGCUACGACACGCGUCAUACCAGGUCACAUGACACUUUGUUGAUAUUAAAUACUCGACCAGCGCGGGCACAAGACAGAUAUUAUCAAGUGUCGAGAACUGCCUCGGUCAGGAAGAAUGAAAUAGAACUUAACAUGCAUGUCUCACUUUGCACUGACAAAUGUCUUGUCUGCAUAAAUAUUUUUUUGUCUGAUUCGAUAAGAAAAUUCUUCAUGUAGUGAUUGAAGAAAACUUCUCUGUUUUCUCCUCAGCUUGAGAAACUAAAGUCCUCCUCACUCCUACCAGUGUUACACCUUCGGAGCUCUCUUAAGGCCUAAGAUGCAUUGUGAAUAACUUUCAUCUUCACAAGGAUCUAGUCUUUAAUUUAAUGGGAAAUUCUGAGAAAAUGUCACGAUUCUAAGAAUUUUCUUAGAAUUUCGUCACAUGAAUGACGGCCCCAGGUCUCCUUUGAAAAAGAGAUGUCUGAUCUCAAUGGGAGUAACCCGGUGAAAUAAAGGUUAAAAAAUAAACACCUCAAAUAUAAACCUGCAUUAAGUGAUGGAUUUCAUAUACAUUUAGAAUCAAAUUCACCAUAAUUAAAGAGGAAAAUUAGCAUUAUUCCAGCUAGGCUAGGCAGAUUUUGGCACAAUGUUCGGAUUUUAGACCCUCACAUCAAUCCAUGAAAAUGGUCAUAUUUUUUGCCAUGGGAAAGUUCCUAAGUGGGGAAAUGUCCGAGUAGUGUCACAAUGACAAGAGCUGGUUGAAUUAUUUAAUGUUAAGAAAAAUUGCUCUCAGUCUUAACUCCUUUAGCUUAGGCUACACUGUACCAUCCUUUUAAAAAGGCGGUGAGUUAAUGUCUCCCUCCCAGGUUCCUUAUAGCAAUAAUAUUUAAAUUUACACACAGCUCAGCAACAUGGAUGUCAGGCACAACCACUGCAGACUGAUUCCACAACAUCAGUUAUGUAGCCUAGUUAACGUACAGUUGGACUCUCUUAGGAGCGUGGUUUUGUUUUACGAAGUCUUCAUGAAUCAUUCUUCCCUUCGCCUCAUGAGAUUUUCCAAAAAAGUCAAAGUAAAAAAAAAGACACAAGACUAAACUGUGACUAUUUUAAAGCACUGUAAUCCAGCAAACCAGUUACUACACCGCCAUUGGCUAGCAUGAAACGGCAGAAUUUGUUAGCUAGCAGCUGCUAAGAGCUUGCUAACUUGCUAAUUGGCUUCUAUCUACACAUACAAACCCAACCAAUUCUUAUAUAUGUGUUGGGCUUAACUUUUCAGAAGGCUAGUCCAAAUGUAGCUAACAUGUGGAUGUUAACUAGAUAUACAAGUAAACAAUAACUUGCUAAUAUAUUAGCCAUAACAGCUUACAUUUGCCUCAUUUCUCCAUUUAUUUCUUCAAUUUAGCUCUUACAAGUUCACAAAAUCACAAAUGUUUGUUUAUUCUGCUCGCCUUUAAUUUCUCAAACUAAUUAUGACUGAAACAUGUUGAAUUUAAACAUGUGGCUGUGGCUGUAAACCCCACCGGUGUUCUCCUUUAAAAGCUGCACACACAGAGCUGCACCUGCUCAGCGUCACCGUGGACAACCAGAGGGUGCUCGCACUGCUCUGCCCCAACAAUGGAACCAGUUUGGACCCAGUCGGAGCAACAGAAUAAAAGACCCCUGACCUCUGGACAUGCACAUCUGCUUGUUGUAUGGCUGACGGCCUGCAGUGUGAUGGACUUCAGAAAACUGUUUCAGUUCCUCCAUUUUGAUGUAGCAAAGUGGGAGGAGCUAUAUAGGACGCUAAAUCUCCCAGCUGAACAACUUAUAGAUCAACCUAACUUCACAAUAACUUAUGAAACCUGUAGAAUACAACACAGAUACAAAUGGAUAUUUCUAAAAAAAAAAAAAGAAUAAUAAUACUAUUGUACUACAAUGUUUUGAUGUGGUUGUAUUAUCCAUCUUACCAGUGUUAUCAUUGAGAUUUUUACGUUAACAUUUUAGCACAGAUCCUGAGAACUGUCAUGGCAUGAUGAUAUUAUGGUCUCGGUAUAUUGUGGGACAGGCUAUGUCUCUUAGUUUGUUAGCAUUGUUUAAUGUCUCAUAUGUUCACCACACUAGCUGGGACUAGGUGUGUGAACUGGUGAGAACUGUUCAGACAAAUGUUUGUUAUUCAGUUGUGGCAAAAAAAUGGACGUUUGAAAAUAUGUUGGUGUCACUUGUGGAUAUAUAAUUUUUUUGAAUUAUUUUUUUUUUUUGCUUUGCCAUGCUCAAUUGUUUAAACAUGUGUGAACUUGUUUAUUCCAUGUCUAAAUAAGAAAAUAACAAAAAGUCCAACACAACAUGUCUUUCCUUAUGCACACAAUUUUACUUAUUACAUCAUGAGUCUCUUUUUCUUUCCUAAAUUUGAAUGCUGGCUUACAUUUUUUUUUUUUUUUUUAGCUUUCAUUAGCUUUAUUGCGGGACCAUAUUUUGUUGGGUUUUUCAUUUCACCUGUUGAAAAUCUAGAUAACUGGUAACUACUGUAUUUGUACAGUGCACAGGUUGUGUUACAUCACAGAUUGGGCUCAUAAUGAAAAAUAUAGUAUUAAAAUGGUCACGACAAUCUAUUGCCAUUCAGUUGUUAUAAGAAGGUAAGUUUGGACAGUAAUUAAUUAACUAUUGCAUCAGUCAACUACCUAAUUUUCCCACACUUCAUGAACAUGCAGUUGGCCUUCAGCUCUGUUGUCUAUGGAGCUACUUCAAUAGGGAAGACUAGUCACUUAAAGCCCUGAAUGGCUCUUUUCAGAGGUGAAAUCAAUUGAAAGUUGCUGCAGACGGAGCCUGAGGGGGGGGAGGGAGAGGAGAGGAAUCAACUUUGCUCAGCGCUCCCACCCUUCCCCCAUUUGGGGUCCCGACCUCCGGCUUCCCAUGCGUGAUGUGCAUCAAGUGAAACGGAGAGAAUAAGAGGAAAGAGCCGGAAUCUUGCUUUCGCCUUCAAAAUUAAAGCAUUCAUGUUUUACAAAAAAAAAAAAAAAAGGGACAACUGAUUGGGUAUGUGCAGGACAUAUGAAUUGAAACUAAAACUACAGAGAUAUUUGAUGACAUUGCUUUUAUAGAAAACAAUAAAGUCACAAGUACAUUUAUUUUA